AUGGAGGAGAUGGACACCAACAUCGCGUGCUUCCGCAUAGGGAACACGCACGUCAUCCCCGUAACCGACCCGAAGAUCGCCCGGGAGUUCCUCGUAAAGCAAGAUGCCACGUUUGCGUCGAGGCCCGUCUCGAUGGCGGCCCGGGCGUUCAGCGGGGGCUAUGUGACCACCAUCUUCUCGACCCAUGGGGAGCAGUGGAAGAAGAUGAGGCGGGUCGUGAAGUCGGAGAUCAUAUGCCCGGUGCGAUACAAGUGGCUCCACGACAAGAGGGCCGAGGAAGCUGCUAACCUAAUGAAGCACGUCUUCAACCAGUGCCAAAGCCUAGGGCAGGUGAACCUGAGGCAGACAACGAGGCACUACUGUGGUCGAUUAAUCAUUAAAAAAUAA